AGGGAGAAAGGCGGCCUGGCCCGUACCCCCCGCCUGCCCGCGCGGAAUGGUAUGGCCCGGCCGGGCUAAAGCCCGGGGGAGGAGGCGCGGCCUGCGACGGCGGCGCUAUGGGACUGCGAGCUGGAGGAGCGCUAGGCAGAGCCGGAGCGGGCCGGGGGGCUCCCGAAGGACCCGGAGCGAGCAACGGCGCUCUGGGCGGCAGCAUCCACUCGGGCUGCAUCGCCGCCGUGCACAACGUGCCCCUGAGCGUGCUCAUCCGGCCACUGCCGUCUGUGCUGGACCCGGCCAAGGUGCAAAGCCUCGUGGACACGAUCCGGGAGGACCCAGACAGCGUACCUCCCAUCGACGUUCUCUGGAUCAAAGGGGCUCAGGGUGGGGACUAUUUCUACUCCUUUGGGGGCUGCCACCGCUAUGCAGCCUACCAGCAGCUACAGCGAGAGACCAUUCCCGCCAAGCUUGUUCAGUCCACCCUCUCAGACCUAAGGGUGUACCUGGGUGCUUCCACACCGGACUUGCAAUAGCAGCCACCUUGGCACCUGCCACCACUCCCAAGAGCCAAAAAAACACACCUGGCCUCCAGAGGGCUGGGCCGUGCAGAAGAUGCAUUCUCUUUGCACCUAGGGGGAGGGUCUGACUCUAAGCACCCUCUGCGCUAGCUGCAAGACCUUGGACUCACUACUGCACGGUGCAGGAGGCCCAGUUCCCACUGCUAUGAAAAUGGGUCGUGUCUUUGCUCUCAAAGGAUUAUUAAGAAGAUGAAAUGAGAAAGGAAAUGGAUUUGGAGAGCCGUGUGCUUCUGGCUCCAGAUUCCCAAGAACAAGGAUCCUUCUGCAUUUUUGUCUUUAUAUAGCCUGUUGUGUGGAAUACAUUUAGCUCUAAGUAAAGGAAAACCUAGGUUACAGUGGCUUAAACAACGAGAAGUUUGUUUUUCCACAUAGCAUCAAUUCUGGAGAUAGGUGGCUAAUGGUAUUAGUUUAACAAUUCAGUAAAGGUAGGGCACACUUCUCUGUGAUCCUUUUAGUCUUUCUCUCAUUGCUUGUUACUUCUUGGUCACAGGUUGGCUGCUGUACCACCAUGAAUCAUGUCUGUGCUUAAAGAAGAAAGGAGUUGGGGAGGAGAAAGGGUCAGCCAGCUGGACCAGUCAACAUCUAUCAUAACGUCAAACCUUUUUCAGAGGCAUGUUUCCUGCUCACUCUCCCUGCAUAUUUCCAUUUAGGUCUCCUUGGCCCAUACCAGCUAUCAUUGCCAACCCUGGCUGCAAAGAAAGCUAAGACAGCAGGGAACAGAAUUGUCACAAGUGAGUAGACCAGUCAUAGCCCAUCUCCUAGGACUGGCCUCUUGAGAUAAAACGGAAUCCCAUUAACAAGAGGAAAAUGAGGAGUUGUGUAUAGUUAGCCUUUGCUGUUUAGCAAAUCAUCCCCAAACUUAGCAACUAAAAACAAGUCAUUUAUUUGCCCACAGUUCUGUGGUUUGGCAGUUCAGGCCAGGCUCAUCUGGACAGUUCUGUUGAUGUUGCCCAGGGUCACUUCUGGGACUGCAUGCAAUCAGUUGUCACCUCCGAUGGGGUUGUAUGGUCUAGGAUGGUCUAACUCAUUUGUCUGGCAGUUGGUGGGCUGUUGGCUGGGUGACUUGGUUCUCUUCCAUGUGGCCUCUUCAGCAGGUUAGUUAGGCUUAAUCACUUGAGGGACUCAGGAUUCCAAGAGAAUGAGAAGCUACAAGCCUUCUUGAGUUCUAGGCCCAGAAUUGGUACAACAUCAUUCUGCUAAGUUCUUUUUGUCAGAGCAAAUCAUAAGGCUGGCCCAAUUCAAGGGGUGGAGAAACAGACUAUUCACCUUAGAAAAACUAAAAAUAAUUUGUGGCAUUUUUCAUCUGUCACAAAUGAUUUGCAUAGGCAAAUAACAGUUUCUCUCUCUCUCUCUCUCUCGCUCUCUCUCGCUCUCUCUCACACACACACACACACAGGGCCUCACUCUGCCCAGGCUAAAGUCACUAAGACAUUGUCCUGGCCCUCAAAUCUAGGGGAAGAGGUAAUAGGGCGAGAGAUGGAUCUCCCAGGGCUGGUCCCACUCUAGUAGGGGCACCCCUCAUUAUCUGCACUGGUGGGCUGGGGUAGGCCAGGUGAGACAUUCCAAAGAGGCCUCUGAAAACCAAGAGUCCUUGGGGGAAGGGAAGAAGAGGUAGAGGAAAGGUGCAGAGUGAGGUAGGUAGGCCUUACUCUCCCUGCCCUGCUAAGGGACCUUGGUCAGUUGGUGUCUUCAAGCCUCAGUUUCCCCAGGUCAGUAAUGAUGACAACAGCUCUCCCACCCAUUGUCUGUCCCAGAGAAAAAUGACUGAGGUAACCAAUAGGAUUUAAAAGGAAUGUAGUCCUACAUGCAAUGUGAUUUCCUGGAUUGGAUCUUGGAAGAAAGAAAGGACUUUAGUGGAAAAAAAUCUGACUAAUUUUGACAAAUGUACCAUGUAAGGUGUAAGAUGUUGACGUUGGGAUAGUCUGGGUGCCAAGUAUGUGGGUUCUCUGUCUUAUUUUGGCAACUUUUCUGUAAAUUGAAAAUCAUUCCCAAAUAAAAGUUUAUUUAGUAAAAAAAUAAAUAAAUAAAAAGCCGGGGGGGAUGUAAUUGGCAUCGGGCCAGUGGUUCAGGUUCUCAAACUAGUUUGCUAAAACACAGAUGGCUGGGCCCCACCCCCAGAGUUUCUUAUUCAGUGUAUCUGGGGUCGGCCUGAGAAUUUGCUUUUCUAACACAUUCCCAGGUGAUGGUGCUAUUGCUGCUGUUCAGGGACCACAAGCUGAGAAGCACUGAUCUAGGUCAUGUCAAUUAUUUUCAAAUAUGGUGACACCCCCUCCACCCCCAUUGGGCUGGCUCCCAGAAUACCUGUGUUCUAGGGCCAGCUUGUACACUCAUUCCACUGUGACAUUGGAUAAGCCCUUCCCUGGGUACUUUUCCAAGCUGUCAAAUGAACGGUCUAUCCCUAAAGUUUGUACCAAGGUUCAGGAAGCUAAGGACAUGAUUUGUCUGUGCUGCCAUGAGGCGCCACUAUCUUACAUGAGUAAUCGUCUCCUGUACCCAUUGGCUAGAGUGACUGAAUGGUUGCUCCUUCGUGAAAGGGCUUUUUCUUCUUGCAGAUAAGACUCAAGCAGGCAAUGCUAGGGGCGCUGCUAGGCACUGGGUUGGGGGUGUAGAACAGCCUUGAAGUGGGAAGGGUUAGUCAUUCUUAAGGAAGAGCUGAGUUUUGAAGGCUGAAACCUGGUUGCUCAGUGGAAGGGGAGAGCUGCGCUUCCCUCUUGUGCCAGCAGGUGGCGCUGCUUUCUGGUCUGCUGGAGCAGGGCUGGACCUCUCACCCGCAGAGCUAUGGGAAGGAUGUAGAUGGAGGGGCCUGGAUUUUGAGCUGGGCCCAUCAGUUGCCCAGAGAAGGAGGCAGUCCAGGUAUAAGAAGGAGACCUAGCUGGGAGUUGGGAGUUUCAGGUUCUACUUAUUCUGACUUCUCUCGCUCUGUGGCCUUGUACACAUCACAGCUUCUCAGGCCUGUCUCCUAGUCUACAUUGGGAACACGGGGCCAGAAGAUGUCAGGCUCAGCAAAGGUGGCACCUCCUCCAAGCUUCCUGAUCCUCCAGGCUGAGCCACAUGUCUUUUCUGGGCUCCCCUGAUCCAAUUGUGACUCCCCUCCACUGUCCCCAGGAACUUGGGUCCAAUGAAAGGCAGUGUUGGAGGGACUCCUUAGCCCCCUCACUGCCCUGGAACUGACACACUUCACCAUGGUAGAUUUAAACAAUUGUUUCAGUUUCACAAGUUAUAUGUGAAAUUCAACUUUAAAACAUUAAGAUAUUAAAAUGCUAAGUAAUUAAAUAUUUUAAAAUUGAAAUAUGAGCGGCAAGCUGAAGCCCACCAUGAGUCUUUGUCCGUUUGUCCCUUUGUCCUCCCUAAUUGGGACAAUUACCUUUAUGAGUUUGGCAUAUACCCUUCCAGAACUUCUUUCAGCUGUGCCGUGUGUGUAUAUGUGUGUAAGUACAGAGUGCUUUUCUUUCUUACAUUAUUUUGCAGGUUGCAUUUAUUCCCUAGCAAUGUGCCCUAGUCAUCUACCUCAUUAGCUCCUGCUCUUUUCUCCCAAAGUCUCCCUCAUUCUAGUCACUUCCUCAGAGGGCUGUCCCCUGUCCAUACUAUCUAAAACAUCUCCCUCUCCCAUCCUGUCACUUUACUCAGUUUGAUUUUCUUCGUGGUAUUUAUCACACUCCCUGAUAUUAUCUGCUGUGUCUGUUUAUGACUGUUUCACCCACUAGAAUGUAAGUUCUUGAGACAGGACUUGAUCUGUCUUGUUGAUCACUGCAGGCCCAGUGCCAAAAACAGUGUGUGGUACAUAGUAAGUGUUCAAUAAAUAGCUGUUGAAUGAGCAAAUUCCA